AUUAUCACUUUAUCAACACCGAACCGCCAUAAAAAGCAGUGUUCUUGACUUCAAGAGAAUCGAGGAGGAGCUUUUUACUCUUUGAAAUGGUCUGUUUGGUGAGAGUCAAGGGUCGAAAGUCCAAAAAUAGGUCACCCCACUGCUGUUGACACUAGUCGCCGAGCUUGGUCAAGAAGGCUGCUUCGAGUGAAAGAAAAUGACAUCCUGGACUUCUAUGAAGAAAGAUGAGCUCGAGAAGCAAUAUUCACCCAGCCGGUGGUCGCACAGGAUGGAGGCAGACGACGUGAUCAAGACCCAUGUUAAGGCUUUAAAGGAAGGUACAGAUCGUGCACGCAGCCUGGCUCAAACUCUACUCAACGUGCCCUACGGAGAAGGUGAAGGCGAAAAACUGGAUGCCUACAUCCCCACCACCAACUCUCUCGAUUUACCUCUCGUUAUUUACAUUCAUGGAGGAUACUGGCAGUUUCUCAGUAAAGAGGAGUCAGGAUUCAUGGCAGUCCCACUCAUUGACAAAGGUGUAGUCGUGGUGGCAGUUGGCUACGACAUCGCCCCGAGAGGUAAUAUGGACCUGAUGGUCUCUCAAGUGCGCAGGAGUGUUGUGUCCGUCGUCCAACAGUAUUCUCAUAUCAGCGGUCUGUACCUGUGUGGCCACUCUGCUGGUGCUCAUCUGGCUGCGAUGGUCCUUUCCACUGACUGGUCACAGUAUAGCGUCAAACCUCAAAUCAAAGGCGCUUUUCUUGUCAGUGGUAUCUACGACCUCUUGCCCAUCCUGUCUACCUACGUCAACGAGCCUUUGAAGAUGACAGAAGAGGUGGCCAUAAGAAACAGCCCCAGCAAGUUGAUUCCUCAGGUCAAACUUUCCUCCUCCAGCUGCCAAUUUGUCGUGGCCGUCGCCGAGUACGACUCGCCCGAGUUUCGCAAACAGUCUGAGGAUUACUACAAUACUCUGAAGGCAAAUGGGCUGAAUGUGACCUUGGAGGAUGUGUCAAACACGGACCACUUCAGUAUCAUUGAGCAGCUGGUCGAUGGAGAUUAUCACCUUACAAAGUAGACAAAUUCCCAACGAGAACAAACCUUUGACAUUCAGCACAACAGCUUCUUUGAAGGCAUCACUGUUAUUCUUGCAGCUCCUGUUGAAGAUGAUGGUAAAGUGCUGAGGCGGACGUGUCAUCCAUCGACGCACCUCUGAGGAGACUUGUGCACCCACUUAGAAACUGAUGAUAAUUGAAUCCCAGAAGCAGGUUAAACUUGUAUACAAAUCUUCACUGUAGUUACUUUUGUUUGUGUGUUGAUAUUGCAUCACCAUGUAAUAUCCUUAGGGGGAGUCUGGGCAAAUUCACUGGAUUCUUGGUUGAUGUAUGCUCGGGCACUUUUUUGCUCAGGACUCAGUUCAUAGUUUAAUCUGGCUAACAUUUAUAUUUUGUGCUGUAACAGCAAGAUGGGCCUGAAAUGGCUGUAGUUUUGAAAUUGUUUGUCUGCACAGCCAUGCUUUGUUAGAUAUCAAGAACAGGCUGAGACACUUUAGGGUUAUCACUUAAUUCAGCAUGUUGCCAUUAUAUUGUCAUAGUUUGUCUGAGAAAACAAAACACAAUGGCAAUAUAGAAUUAAAAUGCAGAGUUGAUCAAUGACACGUGUCAUUCAGGGAUUAAUUUAAUCACAGACUAUCUUUAUUGUAUAAUUAUUGAAUGGAGAUGGUCAGUAUAAAAUAUCUAUAUUUUUAAGUCAAAGGCUUAAAUAAAAUGAAAAUGUGCAUACAAUUACUCGCCAUUUUGCACUUUUACACAUGUUUUGUUGUUGAAAUAAAAACAUGCCGAUGUAA